GACAAUCCGUCCAUGUUUCACGUGUGUGAAUGUAUUUGUAGGUAAAUAGUUGAGGUAAAAAAGUUGCGAAAAUGUGCAUAAAUGAGAACUUUUCGCGGAAAUUACACGUUCAACAUUUGGAUUAUGAGUUAAGUGAUGCAAAUAGUUGUAAAAUAGUGUUUCCCCCAUGUACUACGUCGCUCAGAAUUUAGUAAUCCCACAUUGAUGCCACGGAUCACUGUGUGAGCCGGCUGGAACGAUCAGUGUGUGUGGGGAAGACCGUUACAGAUUUGGCGGAGAGCCCGCGAGAGACGAAGAAAAAGGUGUUCUUGGGCUCUCUGAAAUUGGUGAAGUAACAGUGUCUGGAGGAAUUCAAGUGCGUGCAGUUGAGGAAUUUGUCUGUGCAAAAGAGAGACUUUGUAUCUUUUUCUAGUCAAUCACUCAUUUUUUUCCCUCCAUUGUGGACUUGCACUUGAGGAGACUCCGCAAAGGCUGGGGCAGGUAUUUUGCCCACCUCAGUUCAGAGUCUCACAGAAAGAGAGAAGGCAGUUGCAUACGAACCAAGGCACAUGGAAGAGUGAUUUGGUUUGGGUGAGAGAAUUAGCACUGUACUGGAGAAGGGUACAAGAAACGUGAAUUGCCUGCAAAUGAGAAUCUUCUUUACCUGCGUGAAAAUUACUUGAGUGAAUUUAACGGGACUGUCCAGGUGAAUCCCACCUAAUUGGACGAUUUAAUUGAUACUUUUUUUCUCCCUCUCUGUGAAUGCUUCCCUUUUAAUCUCAAAGUGUGUGGUUUGUGGGAGAGAGAUCAUUUUAGGAGAUUGCGCAUUGCAGAAAGUUUGUUCAGUUACUAUUUUUGUCUCUAGUGAUGCAAUUCCUCAAGUGACUUCCUUAGCACUAAAACCGCGCGCCGUGGUGGUCAUACAUCAUCCAGCAAUGUAUACGCAAUUGUACUCUCAAUGUUGACCAAUUGAUGAGGCGCUUCGACAUGAGUAUCAACACUCACGUCAGUUUAUCACGCGUCUUCUGACCAGACGGACAAAAAACCGUCGAAGCUCUUCUGGCCAGUAAAUUCCACACAGCUAAGAAAAGUGAUAACAAAAACCGCGGGAAAAGUGAACAAGUGAAACGUGAUCUGAGGAUAAUAUCACUCGAAAAAUGUCUCUCAAGAAAGAAUCACCAUCAGAUGUCCAACUUCAUUUGGCGGCUCUUCGUGGUGAUGACAUGAUAUUGAAGCGUGUUUUGGACAGUGGAAAAGUCCAUGUUGAUUCCAAAGAUGAGGAUGGUACAACUCCACUCAUUCUGGCAGCUGCUGGUGGUCAUGUGGAGUGUGUGAAGGAACUCUUGGAACAAGGAGCUGAUGCCAAUGCCAAAAGAACUACCGGUACUUCUGCGCUCUUCUUCGCUGCCCAGGGUGGCCAUGUGGAUGUGGCUCGGGUGCUUUUGGAUGCAGGUGCAGAUGUCAAUUCUGCCUCCCUUGACGGUGCCACGGCGCUCUUCGUCGCCUGCCAAGGAGGACAUCAGGCCAUGGUGAAGGAACUCCUCCGUCGCGGAGCCUGUGUCCAUGCCAGUCUCAAAGAUCGCGCCACUCCGACCUUCGUAGCCGCCCAGAAUGGCCAUCGAGGAGUUCUGCUGCAACUGCUCGCUGCUGGCGCUGCAGCUGAUGCCGCUCGCGGAGAUGGUGCUACUCCCCUGUGGAUCGCCUCGCAGAUGGGCCAUGAUCACGUGGCCAAGAUUCUCCUGCAGCACGGAGCAAAUGUCGAUGCUGUACGAUGCGAUGGAGCAACGGCCCUCUUCAAGGCUGCUCACAAAGGACACAGUUCCGUAGUUCAUGAACUCCUCAAAUGGCGUCCCAAUCUCAGCGUCCUGCCAAAUGGCGAGACAGCCCUCCAUGCAGCUGCCCUCUUUGGCCAUCUGCCCGUGGUGAAGCAAUUGGUAGCCGCUGGAGCGGAUGUCCGUGUCCGGAAUCAAAAAGGCUACACAGCGCUCAGGGUGGCACGCCAGGAAGGCUUCCUGGGCGUUGCUGAGUACCUCGAGGAACGGGAAUGUCGAACGUCUCAGAGCGGAAGUGCUGCCAGUAGUUGUGGUCAGCUCAGUUCUUCCUGAAACACUGUCCACUUUGGCAACAAACACAGGGUUGAAAAGUAUUCAGAUGCGAGAUGACAAAGAUAAUUCAUUUCUUUUUCCCAAUAUCUAAUGCUUAGAAUUGCGGAAAAAAAACAUUUUGCACUCGAAAUCACCGCGAAAAUCCCAGAAAAUUCAUUCUUAGUAAAAUUUUACCAUUUUUAGAAUAUUGUUGAAUAUCGAAAUGACAAUAUCCUUUUUUUCUCAAAGUAAAUAUUAGUCUAAACAAAAUUUUGAUCUUUAUUAAAGGAUAACGUAAAAAUAGAAAAUUUACCAAAACUCUCCAUGUUUUAGACGUGAUACAACUUCAAGUGAUUCAUUUCAAUAAAAUCAUUAAAAAAAAAUAUCAAUACAUCAGAGCCGAAGCAAAAUAUUUCCUUAUUAAAAGCUUAAGGGUUUGAAAAAAGGAACCGAUAUCGAAGCGGAAACGUAAAUAGGACUCGCUGAGAUUUAUUCCCUAGGCACACUUACGACUUAAGCCGAGAGACGGCUUAACGUAAUUAACAUCAAAAUAAUGAUCUGAUUACAUUUCCAUCAGUUUCUGACUAAUCCGUCUCUAGGCUUAAGUCGAGAAACGGCUUAGUGAAAACUUAGUCAGUUUCUCGGCUUAAGUCCUAAGUGUGUCUAGGGCAUUAGGCUUCAAGGUAAAUUAAUCGGUUUUCAUGAACUUUUGAAUGAAAAAUCGUUUAAAAAAAACCGUAACCUUAUUUAUAAAAAGGUUAUGUUGCAAGUUGAGGUUAUGUCUUUACAUAACCUAAAAAUAAAUUAGGGUUCGUUCGCCAUAUUGUACUUUUACUCUCAAUAUUUUUAUUUUUUCAACUAUAUUUCUCAUCUUGCACAGUGAAAUACAUUAAAAAUUCGUGAGAUUACUAAAAACCAAAAAUAUUGCAAUUUUAAAGCAUUUCUUUAAGUGUAUUAUAGUUGUGGCUUCGUCAGUAAAUUAUUUGUUGUGAAAUACGAUUUAAGGUUUACUUGCACUUAUUAAUAUACGUUCCAAAAGAAAACUACGCAUUUUAUAACCAUGAAGGAUAACAAAAAAAAAACACUUACAAAAGCAAUUAAAAAUCUCAGUAAGGCACAGUUUUGUCAUAAGGAACUAAUGUAGCUUUCCCAUCAGUACAAAAAUCUCAAUUUUUAAGGGGUUAUAUCUACUUGAACGCCCAAAAUUACUUUUUUGUGAAUUUUUUUUGACUUUGUUAGACAAUCAAUGUGAAAUUUUCAGCCUUUGAGAAGAACUAAAAAUUCAAAUACAAAAAUUUAGCUGUUUGCACAUGAUUUUCAGAAACUUCUUUUUUGUUUUGAAAAAAAUAACUUUGCGGUAAUCAUGAUUUAUCAGAGUAGGUUCACCAGAAGUCAGAAAACAAAAUAUUUUCUGUUGGCAUAAAAUGUAAACUUAUACUUGAACAGUGGAUUACGAAACGAAAAUGUAAAGACUAGCGUAACGCAUUUGCUAACAGGAAACAUUUGGUUUUUGACUUCUGAUGAAUUUUCUUUGAGCAAUCGUGACUCGUGACUACCACAAAGUAAGUUUUUUUUCUUUCAAUCCCCGUCUCGAAAAAUCAGAUACCAACGACUUAAUUUUUAAAUUGAUUUCAGUGAAAAUUGAAUUUAAUGAGAUGGAAUUAGAUUUUUUUAUUAUUAUUUUGUGGCUAUUUGAUUGAAGAAUUUGAUAAAAAUUGUGACCAUUUUUUAGUAAUUUAGAUCCACGUAACCCCUUAAAAAAUUUCAUAGUAAAAAGAAAAGUUACUAUUACAUAAGUCAUUCUUGUAGAAUCCCUUUUUCACUUCAAAUCUCUUUAUUUUCUGCUCCUCACUCUUAUUAUAACCUUCAUUCUAUGCGAUAAAUCUUCUGAUUCUCCUAUUUUUUUUCCACUACUACUAUUGUUAUUAUUCCACACAAAUGUACCUUACCUAACUAUAUUAUAACUAUAUUAUAGUUCCCAUACUUGGUACGAUCACAGCUUCAUAAUAACUAAAUUUUUCCUAUGUUUCUGAAUAAAUGUAACUCAUCGCAACUAUAUUUUAAAAACUAGACGAUUGUUUAUUUAGAAUUAUAGGAAAAAUUUGUCAUUAGUAAGCUUGCUUAAGAUCAUCCGAAGCAUGGGCACGGGCACUUUCCGAUACAACAAUGUUAUUAAAACACUUUUUGAUUGUAAUGAUGCAAACAGGACUAAGAGUUUAUAGCUUCAGACCCCGGAAGUUUCGUACCACUCGAUUUUUCCUACACUGAGAGAAAUCCUAAAAAGUUAAAAUAUCAUUCCGGAAAUGUUAAUUUUACCCUGCAGUAUUGAUCCGAAAUCGGUGUAAAUAUUACCCUUUUUAGGUGUGUUAGGGGUUAAAUUAACCCUUUUUCAUAUUCAUUUUACCCUUAAAAGGUGUAAAAUUAACAUUAAAAUAUGAUGAUAUAUUUUUACACCUAAAAAGUGUUAAAGUUACGAGGAAAAAAAGUUAAUCGCACCCUCUUUUUUUCUCAGUGUAUGUUUCUUAAUGAAUUUGACUCAAGGGGAAAGUGCCCAUGCUUUGCAUGGUCCCAAGCUUUAUAAUGACUAAAUUUUUCCUAUAUUUUUCAAUAAAUGUGGCUCAUCAAAUCCAUAUUUUAAAAACUAAUGUCCUGUUUUUAAAAUAUAUUGCAGAGUUGCAUUUAUUCAGAAACGUAAAAAAAAUUUAGUCAUUAUGAAGCUUGGAACGGUGCAAAGCAUGGACACUUUCCCCUAAUACAAAACUUUAUUCAUUCACUGAGGAAAAAACGGGGGUGCGAUUAACUUUUUUUCCGCAUAACUUUAACACUUUUUGGGUGUAAAAAUAUAUCAACAUUUUUCAAUGUUAAUUUUACACCUUUUUAAGGGUAAAAUGAACAUGAAAAAUGGUAACUUUAACCCCUAAUACACCUAAAACGCAUAAUAUUUACACCGAUUUCGGAUUAAUAUUGCAGGGUAAAAUUAACAUUUCCGGAAUGUUAUUUUAACUUUUUCGGAUUUCUCUGUAUCCGAAGCUUCAGAGCCUCAAACUUAACUUAAAAUUUGCAUUAUUUUUAUUAUCAAUUUUAGAAAACAAUAAAAUUAUUUUCAUGAUCGCGAUCUUGAAAUUGAAGCCAAUAUCAUAAGAACCAAAACUUUAAUCGAAUUUUGAAAAAUUUUCAUUACAUUGAUCUUUAUCUUAUCAAUCGAAUCUGAAUAUCAAAUCUUUUCAACUCUGAUCCAAAGACCAAAACUGAGAAAUCCACUGAUCAUCAGUAGUGCAUUUCCUUCUUUGAUACGUUAUGAAAGAAAAAAAAAAUAACACUCUCGGUCAAAGAGUGUUUAGAAAUCCAAUGUGUUCGAAAUAAUCCAAUAACAUCUCUUUUUCAUUAUGUUUUUUAUAUGUACAUAAAAAAAGGUAAUGAAAGUCAGUGCAAUUUCAUUUUACCUUUAAAAAAAAUUAGCAAUUAAUAUGUAAACGUUAUAUGUGAAAUAUCAAUAGAGAUUAAGGUCAAAUUGGGGAGGGGAUUAUCUCUCAACGUGCAAUAAUCUUGAUGUAAUGUGCGAAAUGAAGAAAUAAAACAAAAUUCAAAUUGGAAA